AUGUAUCUCCCAACCAUAAUCGCACUCCUCUCAUACCUCACCUUCGCAGCAACCACCCCAUCCAAACGACAAUCCUGCGCCGCCGAACAGAAAAUCGCCGCCUGCAAACAAGAGAUCGCAACCAUCCGCUCUCACAACUUCGAAGAUGCCAAUAAGAUUCCCUUAACGCUGUUGGCGUCUAGAACUUUUAUCAUCACGUAUGGGAAUCUGCCAGUGUUACCAGCAGAAUUAGGCUUCCAACUCCCUCCCGUCAACGUCGGCGUAACAGACAGCACAGUUUGCCUAGAGCUGGUCGGGCUCGCCACUGUUCUCGAUGCUGGCGUGCCGGAGGGGUCCGAUAGUUAUAUUGUGAAUAGCAAUGGCACGGUCACGUCCGAUUUCAUCCAGACCGACCGCCUGGUGCUGCAAGCAGUCCACGUGCGCGAGAUCCACGAGUUCGACGAGAGUACGUGUCGUAUCUCCAAGAUUCUCGGGUAUGUGAACGGGUCACUGCUGGGCAGGGAGGCAGGGUUUGGGAUACCGCCGCUGGAUUUGUGA